GCCGAGCCCGCGGCGGACUGCUGCGGCUCGGUCAAUGCUGGGAGCGGCCGGUCGCUGCGCGUGGGCGGCACGGGCCUCAACGGCCAGUUCGCGAAGGACCUGGACCUGGCCGCGGCGGGGCAGCCCGUGGAGGCCUUCCAGCGGGCGCACCAGGCGCUGAUGCAGCUGGCCUGCGCCUGCCCGGGCGAGCUCGUGCAGCUGCCCGACGCCCCAUCCCUCCGCCAGCACGGCGGCCUCCUCGCCGCCUUCGCGCGCGCCGGCGGCGCGGACGGCAGCGGCUUCGUCGCGGUCGACGUCCUCAAGGAGGACCGGCGCCCGCUGCACGCCGCCAACGCCGCCAUGGUGUACUGCGUGGGGCCGGACCGGCGGGACUUUGCGACGGGCGGCGACGGCGACUUCCUGGAGGCCCUGUCGCUGCUCGGCGAGGGCCUGGCGCUUGCCUGCCUAGGCUACAACCGCGCCGCCCUCGCCGCCGACCCCAGGCUCCCCGCGCUGCGGCUGCUGCGCGUGGGCCUCGUGAGCGGUGGCAAGUACUCCGGCAGGGUGCCCAAGGCCCUCGUGGCCCGGGCGCUGCUGGAGGGGCUGGCGCGCGGCGCCGCCGCGGCCGAGGUGGCCGGAGGCCCGGGCCGCGCGGGCGGGCAGCUGCCCGAGGUGGAG